AUGUUCAAAAAGUUUUUAGUACUGGCUCUGCUAGCUUUAUUAUUUGUGGUUACUAACGCUGCUCCGAAAGUUUCUACUACUACUUAUAAAGGCUCAAAAGGCGGCAACAAAGCUUCUCUUUCCAAUGAUAUUCACAUUAAUUCUGAGUACAGUCAGGCAAGAAGAAUCAGAUUCCAAGGUCUUUCUAGAGGCGAUGUGAUCGUGUUUGGAGGUACGCUGGAUAAACCUUCAACUUCUUCGGCCAAAGUAGUACUUAGCAAUUUGGAAUCAGGAAGAACCGAAUUUUCGUUGGAGAUGGAUAAUCACAAAAACAAUAUAACCAUCAAAACCGACAAAGGUAUUUUUCAAAACUAUAAGCAAUAACUUUUUUAAAUUGUUUAGGGCCGAUUUUUUACAAUUUAUAUAACUUUAGAAAUGUUUUAAAUAUUAUUAAACAAUUUACAGAUACAAUAACUGUCAGUAAUCCUCCGAAGCCAAGAGAAACAUUUAAUGGAAGGAUUGAACUGGCCAAUUACAACUUGAUACGUGUAAUCGUUAACGGAAAAUUGGUUGGUGAAGUAGAGACUUCGUUUAUUGGUGGAGCUAAAAAUUAUACUUUGACAGGUGACCUCACAAAUCCUCACUUAAAAGUUGAUGAGUCCAAUCGACUUCCAAUCUACAAGAAAAUUCGGUUUGGAAACGGUAAGGGUAUAGAAAGUUGUGCAUCUUAUUGUAUUUUCGUUUUAACACACAUCUUCUGGAAUUAUUAAAAAUAUCUAUACUAGUACUAUAUUACAGGUCAAGAACUUGACUUUACUGUCAGUUUAAAAGAAGACGACUUGAGUAUCUUUUUGCUUGAUGACGAAGAUUACGCUGAAUAUUCUCUGAGAACCCAUUUGAACGAUUCUACGGUAUUAUUUGGCAAACACUAUGCUUUGGAAGAAGGCUGGAGUGACCCAGAGUCAUUUCCACUUUCAUUGUUGAAGCCCAACAAGAAAUUAUCAAUUAAAUUAAAGUUUGAAAAUAGCAAAAUUACAGCUGUGUUUAAUGGCCAAAAAGAUUACAAAUAUCAAAGACCGAUUGAAAUACCUAGCUCGGGUUACUUCAAUUUGUUCGUUGACUCAUUUGAUGCUUCUGUAACAUACAAACAGAAGAACAUUAAUGAUUGGGAUGAUUAA